UGUAGGCCUGCUUGAAUCCUUUCCGACCUUCAGAAGCACACCGUUAUGUCUUUGAGAUGAGCUAUUUGGUUAUGCAAUUUAUGAAAACCGAACAUAAGUUGCAGCAACAUCAUUGGUCAAACCCACGACUGGCGGGUGACGAACCAGUAGAGUGAUAGGCUUCUAGAAUAAACCCCGCCUUUACGCGCUUCCUCAUUAGUGAACUAGAGCGGAUCAAAACUUGUCGUCAACACGCUCAGCCUGCUUGGAGAAGUGGGGCAAAAAAAAUACGGUGUUUGAUAUUUUUUCUUUCCCUGGCGGAUUAUCUUUUCUACGUACAGCUGGUAAAUCGAUAACGCAACAAGUCCAGAAGAGGACAAACCAGAAGACACGAAGUGAUAAAGAAAGAUGCCGCUUCUUCACAAAAAGCCGUUCGUCCGACAGAAGCCGCCCGCUGACCUAAAGCCUGAUGAAGAAGUCUUCCUCUGCAAAGUCACGCAUGAAAUUUUCAGAACUUAUGAUGAAUUCUUUGAGAGGACCAUCCUGUGCAACAGUUUGGUGUGGAGCUGCGCGUUGACUGGCAAGCCCGGGCUGACCUACCAGGAGGCCCAGGAGAGCGAGCGCCGGGCAAAGCAGAGCCUGCAGAGCUUCCCCACCAGCCUGGUGGUGCCUCUGCUCCACCUGGCCACCCUCACCCACCGCACGCGCCUGCACGAGGUCUGCGACGAUGUAUACCUGUAUGUCAAGGAGCGCUACUUCGCCGGGGAGAUGGUGGACUUGGUGGCCCGCUCAGGAGCCAGGCAUCCAUGUCAGGUACUGGAGGUGAUGUCCCCCCAGGCCAACGGUGCUCUGAACGGCCACGCUCCACACCGCGUAGAAGGCGACUCCAUCGUCAUCAGUGAUGACAGUGAUGAGGAGCCCGCCACCCCCAUGUCUCCCAAGUCCCCACACACGAUGGCCAACGGGAAAAAGAAAUCAUCCUUAGACCCAUCAGUGUUCAAAUACAAAAUCCGCCUGGUCAAGGCUGAGAACGGUGAAGCUCAGAUCGUCAAAGCUGCACAGCUCUGCCGUAAGAAGAACGUGUUCACGAGAGACCGACUAAAGCUUCUGCUCAAGCAGCACUGCGAAUUCCAGAAUGGAGUCAUCAGAGUGAAGGCAACCACAUUGGCACAUUAUAAGCUAUCAGAACAGAACUUCAUUCAGAUCUUUCCCGAUGAGCCUCCAGCAUUCCCCUUCAGUCCGCCUGGAAAGGGCAGAGGGCGCCGUCCAAACGAAGACUCCCCUGGACAGAUGGCCUUUUCGCCAGGGAGCCCGGACAUGAUGCGGGCUGCUGAGGAGAAGCUGCUGCUGAUGAAGCAGAGGGAGGAAAUGGCUGCUAUGGCUCAAGAGAAGGCCAGAAUAAAGAAGGAACGUGAAGACCUCUGGGAGGCUAAGAAGAAGGAAAAGGAAGACCGCGAAAAAAAGAGGGAGGAGAUUAAGAAGCUGAUUGAAGAGGAACGACAGAAAAGAAAAGAAGAAAAAGAGAGGAUGAAGAUUGAGAAAGAGAGGGAGCGAGAGAAACUGAAAGAAGAGAAGAAACGGUAUGCAGAACGUCUGAAGCUGUGGAACAAACCCAGAGAGGACAUGGAGUGUGAGGACCUCAAGGAAUUGCCUGCUCCUGUCCCGGUGAAGACUCGGUUGCCUGCCGAGCUGUUUGGAGACGCCCUGAUGGUGCUGGAGUUCCUACAGGCCUUUGGGGAGCUCUUUGACCUUAAGGACGAGUUCCCAGAGGGCAUCACACUGGAGGUCCUGGAGGAGGCGCUGGUGGGCUGCGAUCCUGAGGGCCCGCUGUGCGAGCUGCUGUUCUUCUUCCUGUCAGCCAUCUUCCAGGCCCUGGCAGAGGAGCAGGAGGAGGUGGCACGGGACCAGGUCGCCGAGGCCGACACGAAAGACUUGAGCGAGGCACUGGAUGAUGACGCGGACCCCACCCAGACGGCCAUCACUGCUGUAGCCACCCUCGCCGCGGCCUGGCCUCAGCUUCACCAGGGCUGCAGUCUGAAGCAGUUGGAUCUGGACAGCUGCACGCUGACUGAGAUCCUGCGCCUCCACAUCCUGGCCUCGGGGGCCGACUGCAGCUCAGCCAACGCCAAGUUCCGCUACCAGAAGCAGGGCGGCUUCGACUCAACAGACGACCCCUGUGCAGAGCUGCGCCUCUCCAACCCCGGCCUGCUCAAGAGGCUGGCCUGCACCCCCGUCUACGACCUCCUGCCCGGGGAGAAGCUGAAGAUCCUUCACGCCAUGUGUGGUAAGCUGCUGACGCUGGUGUCCACGCGAGACUUCAUCGAGGACAGUGCAGACGAGCAGCGGCAGGCCAAGCAGGAGCUGAGGGAGCUGAAGGCCGAACAGCACCGCCGGGAGAGAGAGGAGGCUGCAGAGAGAGUCCGCAAGCGCAAGGAAGAGAAACUAAAGGAGCAGGAACUGAAACUGAAGGAGAAGUUGAGGGAGGAGGCGCGCAACGGCAUGCAGGCCGCUGGGGAGGAGCUGGACACAAGCACAGAGAGCCAGGAAGUGCAGGGAAAUACGGAGGAUGAGGAGGAGCCUGCCCCCAGCAGAAAGACCAAGAAAGGUAAGGGCUCCAACACCAAGGAGAAAGACAAGGACAAGGAGAAGAGUGCAGAGAAGGAGGCGCUGAGCCCCGCGGAUCUGGAGGAGGAGCAGCAGCGUGAGCGUGAGCUGCUGGAGCGCAUCCAGAAGGCGGCGGCCUGCACCUACAUCCUCCCUUUGGGCCGCGACCGCUACUACCGACGCUACUGGCUCUUCCCGGCCACCGGAGCCCUCUUUGUGGAAGACGACUUCUUUGGGGUCACCGAGGACAUGCUCAUGCCCCAGAAACCGAUCCCCGAAGGGGAGUCCAAGACUGUAGAUGGACAGCAGCAGCAGGAGCCCAAGGAGGAGAAGAUGGAGGUGGAUGGGGUGAAGGCUGUGGAGGAGGAGGGGGCAGGUGACUGCAAUGCUAAGCCACCUAAGGAAGAGGAGGAGGAGGCAGUGGUCCACAACUGCGGGCCCCCCGUGGAGCGGCCCAACCAGUGGGCGUUCUACAGCUCGGUGCAGGAGGUGGAGGAGCUGAUGGAGGCGCUGAACCCGCGCGGCCACCGCGAGAACGGCCUGAAGGAGGCGCUACAGCAGGAGAAGGAGCGCAUCACACAGCUGCUGGACGGAACCUCCACCCAGCACUUUGCACUCACAGAUAAGGCCGAUGGCAAAGUAGCCCCAGCGAAGGCCAAGGGUAACUCCGCCCCCUCGGACAGCCCCGCCCCUCCUGCGGAGAGGCACAUGGAGAACCGGCUGAGGGACCUGCUGUUGGACAUUGAGGACCGCAUAUACCAGGGCACCCUGGGAUACAUCAAGGAGAUAGAGAGAGAUGCGUGGCGGGCAGCCCUGGCGAGCGGCAGCUACGAGGCGCUGGGUUCGGAGCCCAGCGAGAAUGGGGACGUGGAGGCCAUGGUGCUGGAUGACCCUCAGCUGCCGAGGGUCAGCACCAAAGACCGGCUGCAGGAGCUGAAGGCGGAGACCAUGAGCACGGCAUCGACCAGUGCCAGCACUCCGCAGCCCGUCAACAACACAGUGCACUUCCUGGCCCAGGUCUUGGCACAGAUCGAGCAGGGCAUCGAGCGCAAGUACCUCAAGGCUCCACUGGGAGACGAUGACUCCAAAAAGGACCCGAAGGACAAAAAGAAGAAAGACAAGAAGAAAGAUGAUGAUCAAUCGAGUGAGAAAGAUGAUGGAAGUGACUGUGGGCGUCAGGUGAAGACCGUCCAGGAGCGCUGGCGGGAGUCCCUGCUGGCCUGCUCCAGCCUGUCGCAGGUCUUCCUGCACCUGUCCACACUGGAGCGCAGCGUGGUGUGGGCCAAGUCGCUGCUCAACGCCCGCUGUAAGGUGUGCCGGCGGAAGGGCGACGCCGAGAACAUGCUGCUGUGCGACGGCUGCGACCGCGGCCACCACAUCUACUGCGUCCGGCCCAAACUCAAGGCGGUGCCCGCAGAAGACUGGUUUUGUCCAGAGUGCAAGCCCAAGCAGCGCUCCCACCGCAUCAACUCCCGCCAGCGCUCCUCUGUGGACUCAGAGGAAGAAGUGGAAGAGGAGGAGGAGUCUGAGGAGGAAGAGGAGGACUCCGAGGAGGAGGAGGAAGAAUCCGAAGAGGAGGAGGAGGAGGAAGAAGAGGAGGAGGAGGAGGCUCCCCCUCCCAAGAAGAACGCUGUCAGACCUCCCGUCGCCACGAAAGGCAGCCGAUUGUCCGGCAGAUCCACAGGCAAGCAGAACGACUCUACGCACUCCACCCCCCGCAGCCAGCAGAACACCCCAAAACAAGGCGCGAAAGGGGGCUCCAAGGGCUCGGCCAAGAAGGCCACCCCCGUGUCCAAUGGGAAGAAGGCCGCCACCACCCCCGCGUCCAAUGGGAAGAAGGCCGCCACCACCCCCGUGUCCAAUGGCAAGGCUGCUCCUCCACCUGCUCGGGCGGGCAGUCGGUCCAGCUCGCGGCUCAGCCAGGAGGUCCCGGCCACCAACGGACCCAGCAAGACCAGCAGCCCCGCCACCACAGACUCCAGGAAGAGGCCGCUAUCAGAGGUCUCCCCCAAAGCGAAGGUGGUUUUGACCCCGCUGCCAGCCAGUGCCUCAUCAUCAUCUUCAUCCUCCAGUCGUCGCAGCUCUGGCAGGAACCUGGGAGUUCAUGAGCUGUCAGCCUGUGAGCAGCUGACAGUGGACCUGGUCAGGAACGAGGACAGCUGGCCUUUCAAGAAGCUGGUCUCCAGGACACAGGUGCCAGACUACUAUGACAUAGUCAAGAAGCCAAUCGCAUUGAGUACAAUCAGGGAGAAAGUCAACAACUGUGAAUACAAAACUGCUUUGGAGUACAUUGAGGACGUAGAGCUGAUGUUCUCCAACUGCUUCGACUACAACCCUCGCACCACCAAUGAGGCCAAGGCCGGUGCCAGGCUCCAGUCCUUCUUCCACUCCGAGCUCCACAAGCUGGGCCUCGGCGACCGGAUACCACCUCCAGCCAAAAAACCCAGGGUGUAGAAGAAGAAAAACAAUAAGAAGCGAAAAAAUAAUAAACUUUGUACUUAGGCGUCCAAGUCAGGUUUUUUCUCUUUUUUUCCCCCUCAACUUCCCCUGACCAUCCAUGACCACUAAAGGCUCGUUCCUUUUCACUUUCUGGUGAAAUCACAGACUGCUGGGCCUUUCAGAACCAGAUGGUGGCGGUGGUGGAGAAACAACAAAUUUCCAAAACACGAGUAGUGUAAAUAUCAUUCCUUUUCUAUGACUGUAGAGGAAGGGAAGGGGAGGGGAGAAGAGCAGGGAGGUUUAACCCUGUGAUGUGAAAAAAAAAAAUUGCACUGUGUUCCAGUCCUCUCCACACACUCAGGACAAAAAAACAAGCACUGUGAUGUGUCUUAUAACAGUGCUGUACAUUUUAUAUCUAGGUUGCAUUUCUAGACUACUGUUUUUCAAUGUAAAUAUGGCUUUCCUAUGAUUUCAAGCAACAUUACUUUUUCAUUAAUUAAGUAUUGCAGCUGGAAGCAACAAACAUUGGUUUGUUCCAUAGUAGUAAAGUUGUCUUUGAAUCAACUGUUAUUGGUCCCUAUCUCCCUGCUGAACACUACAUAGGAACCAAAAUUUGUUUUUCCAAGUCCAAAUUUGCUUUCUUUAUGUUUCUUGUUUUGUAUCAUUUGGUUAUUUAUUUAGGAUAUAAUUUAGAAUUUUAAUACUUGUAUUUAUAAGGCUUUCGUUUUGUUUUCUGAACAUGUUCUCAAACAACCUUUUUGUAAUUACUAAUGUGUAACCAGAAAUUGUUUUGCGUUUAAAAACAACAAAGGUGCAAAAGGUUGUACAUUUUGUUUUCCUGUUUUGUGACUGCUCAUCGUGUACAUUUUUUCUGUAUGUAAAAUAAAUGCAUUUUGUUAAAAUA